CUCCGGAUGGUGGGGGUUAUUCUUCUCUCCAGGAAGUUUAAACUGAAAGUAAUUUUUCUCUCCCGAUGAGGAACCUCGGCCAUGUUCUGUAGGGUGGAACCCGAAUUCUGGAGACGAUGAGACCCCCAAAUAUCCUCUACAUACUCCUCCCCCUCCUCACUGUCACAGGGGCUCUGAGGGUCACAAUGAGGACGUCAGUUAUGUCAGCACUGAGGGGGGAGGAUGUCUCCAUUCGCUGUGAUUUAUCUGAUCUGAAUAUUGGGAAAGCCAUUUCUGUCCUUUGGGGGAUGACAUUGGAGAACGGCACGGAGCACAAGGUUUAUGAACUUAUCGAUGGAAAGGAGACGUCAUACAGACGGGGAUCUUAUAUGAAGCGGAUGGAGAUCCUGAAUGGAAACGCCGAGCUGCACCUCCCCCGGGUCCAGUUCUCGGAUGAGGGGGUAUAUAACUGUUCAGUGUUUAACACUCCAGAUUUUGCAGAGGGCAGAGUUACUCUUCAGGUGUCAGUGCCUCCAUCGGCUGAUGUGACACCGACAGAUACAACCAUAGAGCUGGGGGCGGAGAAGACGGUGACGUGUGACGUUCAUAACUUUUACCCAAAAGAUAUUUCCAUACGAUGGGGUCAAUAUCGUAAGGGUUCUUCUGACUGUGAGACCCUGGAUAUCUGGACCUGUGUGAAGAAUGUGCGUGAGAAUUCAGACGGGACGUACAAUGUGACAAGUCUACUGACCCUGAACCCCAAGAUGGAGGACAACGGGAACAUCUAUUCCUGUAUUAUCAGUCACCGAUCUCUGCUGCAGACUGAACUGUCCAGGAAUCUCACCCUCACAGUGACAGAGAGAAAAGAUAACUCCGGAGCCGUUAUCACCGCCGUGCUCGUCCCCUUUCUGGGCGUGUUAUUUCUGGGUGUAUUGGGUUUCCUCUACUUCAGAUUUAUAAAGAAAGAUCCUCCCACUCUCUCGGAGAUUACCGGGAACGAUGAUCUGAUUGACAUGAACAGGACGACUCUGACUUGUCAGAUUAUGGACUUCAGACCCAACGACAUAGAUAUCUCUGUGUGUAUGAGAAGAUCCGGGGAGGAGAUGAGGACCAUCUACACCUGGAAGUCUGGAGGUCUCCUCACUCCGGUCAGGAUAAGUAAAGAUAGUGGAGGAGGGGAUGAAGAUGUAGAUAUGGAGGAGGGGAGACAACUGAUGAAUGGAUCUGCAGGACACGAGGAUAGGCUUCUACAGCUGGAGAUGACUCCUCUUAUCAGAAGGAAGAAGUUUGGUGCAUUCCUCUGUCAGUGUUCUCUCCAGAUAACUCCCAGCUAUGGCCUGGAUAAUGGAGCGGAAUUAUCUGUCCAUGUAAAACACCCGGCACUGACCUCUCCGGUCUCGGUACGCAGAAUACUCAACGUCAUUGGAGUUUCUCCCAAGUUGUUGUCCAUCAUGAGCCCGGACCGUGUCACCCAUGAGGAGCGGCUGACUCUCACCUGUCCCAUAAAUGGGUUUAAACCGCGAGAUUUGUCCAUCACCUGGCUGAGGAGGGAGAACAACCAAGAGACUGAACUGCUAACAUGGAAUUCUGGGAGUGACUCCAAUCACAGGGAGAAAUAUUCCCAUAGAGUGAUACAAAAUGAGCAUGAAGAAGAUAAUUCCUUCAGCUAUAUAAGUGCUCUGAUCCUGAAACCGACUAUAAGAGAAGAUGAUGGAGUGACAUAUAUCUGUAGAACCUUUCACCCUGCUACAAAUCACCGGGAGGACAGAGAGCAGAUCCUGAGUGUGACCGCGGUUCCCAUGCUGGACCCCAUAGUGAAGGGUCAGGAAGUUGUUUGUGUCGGUGAGAAGUUGGAUCUCUCCUGUAGGAUUCAUUCAUUUUACCCGUCAGACAUACAAGUCACAUGGUACGCGGGAGAUGACAUCAUAACAUCCUCACACACCACUGACCCCCUCCAGGAUAAUGAUAGAAUGUAUCAUGUGACCAGCACUUCCUGUUACAUCCCAACAAUGAGGGAUCUGGGGAAGAAUUUCCGAUGUCAGGUUCAGCAUGACAGCCUAUCGAGACCAAAACACAUCACCUGGACACUGGGAGAAAUAUUAUCUCCGCCCACUCUGGGGGAAAUCCAGUGUGACCCCGCCCAGCCCCAACGUGGACAGCCGGUGACAUUUUCCUGUACGAUCGAUGGCAUGUACCCUGGGGGUCCCGGCAUUCAGUGGGCAUCAAGUGCAAGAGAAUUGCCUAAAGAGGAUUGGACAGAGAACAUCCAACACAAUCCGGAAUCCGGGAUCUUCUCCGGAACCACAGAGCUGACACUCACUCCCGACACUGAAGAUCAUAACUCUGAAAUCAGCCUGGAUGUCAUUCAUUGCGGGACACAUUUUACUAAGAUGAGAAUCAUCCUUUUGAAAGGUCACCUCGUGGUCGGUGAGAUCUCCAGUGAUCCCAGGAAUCCCGAUUAUGGACGUCCUGUGACUCUGCGCUGUGAUGUGAUUGGCUGUAAUCCUGGAGACACCCCUGAGGUCACCUGGUCAGGUGCUGGAAGAGAUCUGGGGAAAGGAGAGACCCGAGGCAGCGGAGACGUUCUCUCCUGUUCUCUGACUAUAACACCUACAGCUCUGGAUUAUGGGAAGGUCUAUACCUGCAGGGUGACACUAGGAAAGAUGCAGCCAAUCACAACGAAGAGCUGCUUGCGGCUUCCAGAGAGACCGCCCACAUUAUCCGACAUUGUUGUCCAUCCAAUGAGAGUGACAGCCAAUCAGGAAGCCUCAUUCACAGUAACAAUAUCCGGAUACUCGCCCCGAGAUCUACAAAUAAAAUGGUAUAAGGAGUUCAGCAUGUUCCCCCAAACUGAGGUGACGAUAUCAGAUCCAGAGAUCGGAUUGGACGGUCUGUAUAAAUCUUCCAGCACAGUGAUCUUCACCCCGAAGACGAGUGAUCAUAAUACGACCCUCCGGUGUGAGGUGACCCACAGUCAGUCCAAGACCAUCCGAGAGAAGCGAUAUACUCUGCACCUGACAGGAGAUUCCAAGACGGCGGAAGCAACAAAAACCGGACCGGAGAAGAAGUUCCAAAUACGGGAAAUGAAAUGUGUGACGGAGCGCCCCCGGGUGGGUGAGGAGGUGACUCUUGUGGCGUACAUUGAAGAAUGUUCGGCAGACGGUGCGGAGUUCACCUGGUCUACAGGAAUGUUUCCUAUUGAUGAAGUGAUGGAGAACAGACAGGACGGCACCGACUGUACAUCCACCAUCACCUUCACACCGGAGGAUGAAGACAAAGACCGUCCAAUCAAAUUGGAGGUGUUUUAUAAUUAUCGGACUGUAGAGGAUUUCUUCACACUGCCACUGGUGUGAGGAGGAGAUCGGAGGAGGGUCUCAUAUCUUCUCAUUAAUGGCGGUCAUCUGACUAUAUGAGGAGGAGAUCGGAGGAGGGACUCAUAUCUUCCUAUUAAUGGCGGUCAUCUGACCAUAUGAGGAGGAGAUCGGAGGAGGGUCUUAUAUCUUCUCAUUAAUGGCGGUCAUCUGACCAUAUGAGGAGGAGAUCGGAGGAGGGACUCAUAUCCUUCUAUUAAUGGCGGUCAUCUGACCAUAUGAGGAGGAGAUCGGAGGAGGGACUCAUAUCUUCUCAUUAAUGGCGGUCAUCUGACCAUAUGUGGAGGAGAUCGGAGGAGGGACUCGUAUCUUCUCAUUAAUGGCGGUCAUCUGACCAUAUGAGGAGGAGAUCGGAGGAGGGACUCGUAUCUUCUCAUUAAUGGCGGUCAUCUGACCAUAUGAGGAGGAGAUUGGAGGAGGGACUCAUAUCUUCUCAUUAAUGGCGGUCAUCUGACCAUAUGAGGAGGAGAUCGGAGGAGGGUCUUAUAUCUUCUCAUUAAUGGCGGUCAUCUGACCAUAUGAGGAGGAGAUCGGAGGAGGGACUCGUAUCUUCUCAUUAAUGGCGGUCAUCUGACCAUAUGAGGAGGAGAUUGGAGGAGGGACUCGUAUCUUCUCAUUAAUGGCGGUCAUCUGACCAUAUGAGGAGGAGAUCGGAGGAGGGACUCGUAUCUUCUCAUUAAUGGCGGUCAUCUGACCAUAUGAGGAGGAGAUUGGAGGAGGGACUCAUAUCUUCUCAUUAAUGGCGGUCAUCUGACCAUAUGAGGAGGAGAUCGGAGGAGGGUCUUAUAUCUUCUCAUUAAUGGCGGUCAUCUGACCAUAUGAGGAGGAGAUCGGAGGAGGGACUCAUAUCUUCUCAUUAAUGGCGGUCAUCUGACCAUAUGAGGAGGAGAUCGGAGGAGGGUCUUAUAUCUUCUCAUUAAUGGCGGUCAUCUGACCAUAUGAGGAGGAGAUCGGAGGAGGGACUCGUAUCUUCUCAUUAAUGGCGGUCAUCUGACCAUAUGAGGAGGAGAUCGGAGGAGGGUCUUAUAUCUUCUCAUUAAUGGCGGUCAUCUGACCAUAUGAGGAGGAGAUCGGAGGAGGGACUCGGAUCUUCUCAUUAAUGGCGGUCAUCUGACCAUAUGAGGAGGAGAUCGGAGGAGGGUCUCAUAUCUUCCUAUUAUCUGAUGGGUGAGGGUUGUCUAUGUGGGGAACGUCUUCUACCUCUGGACCCGACAUUUGCCUUUUUUUCGCACUGCAGAAGAGCUAUUUCUAUUCUUGUGUUCCCUGCUGGAAGCUGAUUGGUUGCUGUGGGGGUAACACAGACACUUUCCUCCUCUGAGGUCUUCCCAGCCCUCAGUUCUGCAUUCUGCCACUGGAGGUCCCCAGGAGAAGGUCUCAGGUAGGUGGGUCUGAGGGAGGGAGAGCAUUUUCAGGACCAUAGAACCUUCACCAGGAACCUCCAUGGAGCUGUGGCGUUUACUGCUCAGAGCUUCCAAGAUUUCCCACACUGGGGUCGGCUGAUGUUUUGGAAGGUGAAGAACCAACUUCAUAGGUAAAAGGAUGGCGGUCAGACAGGCAGCACAAUCUACACAACAGGCUGGUCUUCUAUCCCCAACCAGCUG